UUUAACCAAACGUACCAUUUUUUGGAAGUCCUAAACGGCACUUUGGAAAUUCUCUCUGUUUUCACAUUUCUCGUUCGUCAUCUUCCCCUGCAAUUUUCCAUUCCCGCCAUGAAAUUGUAAAAUAAUUUCAUCGAAUUUAAAAGAGAAAGAAAAGUGGUAGUGAUUCGGUGCAAUUUUACUGUAGUUAGGGUUUGAUUUUUGUCAAGAUGGCCAACAGCACGAGAGACGAUGAUUACAACUAUAUGAAAAUAGUGGAUGCUAUGGCUUCCAUAAAUCAACGGGUCAAUCUCAUUGGUAUUGUCGCAGAGGCUAGCCUUCCAAAACAUUCCAAUGGCACCGAUUAUUUUUGUUCCGUAAAGUUGAUUGACGAAUCACGAACGGGUCCUGGAAUUGCAGUAACAUUUUUUGCUGAAACUAUGGAGAAGCUUCCUCGGAUCGAGUCCAUUGGAGAUAUAAUUAUACUGACUCGUGUCACGAUGAAAGCACAUUGUUCGGACGUCUAUGCUACGUACCUGAAAAAAUAUUCUUCGUUCGCUUUGUUUGAAGGGAAACACUGUAGUCGUAAUGUCGGGCCUUACCAAGCUUCGCCAAAUUUUCGAGCUAGGGAGCAAGAUAAACCAUUCGUCGCCAAGUUAAGAGAAUCUAUGAAAAUUGAAGCAGACUUGAACAAUUUGUCGCCACUAAAAGAGAUGAAGGAGGGUGAGCACAUCAAUUUGCUUUGUAAGGUUUUGCAUCUUUGUGAAGUUACAAAGGAUGACUGGAUGCUCUUUGUUUGGGAUGGAACAGACACACCUCCUGCAUCUAUUGAAGCCAAACUAGAAAAUGAAAUGGAAGAUCCACUUCCUUUACAGUUGGAAGCCUCUCCUUUAUCAAGAGAUACUUUAUGUACCUUUCCUCCUGUUGGAACUGUCUUGAGAAUGGUCACUGAUCGAGGCAACAAGAAGUUAGGCAUUAACUUCCUGAAACCAAAUAAAUGGGUGAAAGUUGUCCAAGUAAAAUGUGAAGUUCAUGCUGGAUUGUGGCGUGCUGUGCUAAUGCCCUCAUCUAUGGUUUACUAUUUACCCAAUAACGACCUCAUAUUAGAGCGUGAAAGAUCUUAUAAUGAGCGUGUGACAUCAAAAUUCAAACGGAUGCCAUUGUCAUGCUUUCCUGGGCCUUCUCCUAUAACAGAUACUGAUUAUCCUGAUGUGCCUUUUGUGACUUUGAUGAAUGUUCUCACCCAUCCAGAGGUGACAUUCAAAUUUAAUUGUGUAGUCCGGGUUGUUGCAGCAUUUCCGUGGCGGGUUGAAGACUUCUGCAACCCCCAGGGGAUUUAUAGGGUCAGGUUGACUCUAGAGGAUCCCACUGCCAGAAUCUAUGCUUUUCUGUAUGCCGAGGAUGGGGUGCAGUUUUUUGGAAGUCGUAACACAGUUGAACUGAUGAGGAAGAUGAAAGAAUUACUUGGAAUGACCGAAGGUGAUGGUUGCCAGAAGGUCAUUUCUAGGAAUCCACCAUGGAUACAGUGUUGUUUGAAAUCUUACUAUAUCGACAAAGCUAAUAUUUGGGGAAGUAGGAAUUAUCGGAUCUUUGCCACUACAUUCGUCGGCUGAGCAUCUUUACAAAUAUCUUCACCCUAGUAACUUAUUUCUUUGAUGCGCGCUAGAGUUUACUAUGUGUGUAUGUCGUGCAGAAUCAUUUGCAAUGUGAAUAUCGCUGCGAGUCAUGUUGUUUAAUGAACGCUUCAUUUUGCUCUGUAACUGUUCAGGUGUCGUGCCUGUUUUUUGUUAGAGGAACUAAUCUUAUUUACUCCAGUCUUCAAUUGAACCACAAAUCUUCUUUU